AUGUCACCAAAGAUCAAGGUUAUUUUCGUCUUUCUUAUUCGUUUCAGUGUGCCACGUUUGCGUAACUUUUACCUCUUUGCUAUUGAUCUUCUGCAAACUGAAGGAGUUGAGGCAAUUAUUGGCGGGAACUCGUUGCUUGAGACGAAGCUUUUGGCGGAGAUUGGAGAGAAAUCUAGAAUUCCUGUGAUUUCACUUAACUCUCCGGUUUCAUUGUCAUUGAGCAAAUACAGUCAUUUGAUCCAAGCGACGUAUGAUUCAUCCUCCGAGGCAAAGGGCAUUACAGCUUUCAUCCAUGAGUUUGAUUGGAAGAGUGUUGCUCUUGUUCAUGAAGAUGAAGAUGACUGGAGAGAGAGCAUGCAGCUCCUGGUGGACCAUUUCCAUGAAAAGGGCGUCCGUAUACAGUCCAAGGUUGGUUUUACAGCCUCUUCAAGCAAGGAGUUGAUGAUGGAGCGUUUAAGGAAGCUGAAGAAAUUGGGAACCAGCGUCUUUGUGGUGCACAUGUCUGAGCUUGUUGCAACUCAUCUCUUCCCAUGUGCGGGGAAGUUAGGGAUGAUGAGUGAAGGGUUUGCUUGGAUCCUCACUGUUAAAAGCAUGAACAGUUUUAAUCAAAACCUUGACGAUUUUUCAAAACAGGCAAUGGAAGGUGUGGUUGGUUUCAGGUCUUACAUCCCAAUGUCAAAAGAGCUUCACAAUUUCACUUCUAAAUGGAGAAAAUCACUUCCUGUUGAAGAAGAUUCUGGGUCUGAGAUAGCUCGGCUGAGCAUCUCUGGUGUAUGGGCUCACGAUGUAGCCUGGGCACUGGCGAGAGCAGCGGAGUUUUCAAGGAUGUCAAAUGUAUCAUCAACUCUUCUUGAGGCUAUCACAGAGUGUAGGUUUAAAGGUUUAAGUGGUGACUUCCGUAUCAAGCAUAAGAAGUUGUUGUCCAACAAGUUUGAGAUUGCGAAUUUGAUAGGAUCAGGCGAGAGAAGAGUGGGAUUCUGGAAUUCUAAUGGUAGUUUCAGCAACAAGCUGGAGACCAUAUUCUGGCCCGGUGGGACUAUCCAAAAUCCGCAAGGGCGCGAACUAGGAGAAAGCAAGAGAAAAAUGCUCAGGGUUUUGGUUACAUCUAGCAACAGAUUCCCAAAACUGGUGAACGUGACGACUGAUCCAAGAACAAAAAAAAUAACUGCCGAUGGGUUCUGCUUAGAAGUCUUCAAGGCUUCCAUUGGCCCUUUCAACUAUGAUUUGGAGUUCAUACUUUGGACUGGUGGUCCUAACUACGACAAUCUUGCACUAGCACUUAGUACCCAGAAAGACAAAUAUGAUGCGGCCGUGGGAGAUAUUACAAUCACUUCCAAUAGAUCAAAUUAUGUUGAUUUUUCUAUUCCAUUCACUGAACUGGGUCUAGGAAUGGUAGCACCAAAGCAAAGUAGUAUGUGGGUGUUCUUUCAACCUCUUACACUAGACCUUUGGAUGACAAGUGCAGCUUUCUUUGUCUUGACGGGGACUAUAGUUUGGUUGAUAGAAAGACCUGAGAACACUGAGUUCCAGGGAUCUUGGUCACAGCAGAUUGGAGUUAUGCUUUGGUUUGGCUUCUCUACCCUUGUUUAUGCUCACAGGGAGAAGCUAAAACACAACUUAUCAAGAUUUGUAGUUAUGGUUUGGGUAUUUGCAGUGCUCAUACUGACUACGAGUUAUACUGCAACAUUGACAUCAAUGAUGACGGUGCAACAGAUAAGAUUCAACACCAACAAAGACUUUGUGGGUCACCUUUCAGGCUCACUCAUUGCAAAUGCGACUCUCAAAAGUUCCGAAAUCAAAGCAAUGAAUACCAAAGGUCUCAAUACCUCUGAAGAUUAUGCUAAAGCCCUGUUGAACAGCACGGUCGCAUUCAUUAUCGAUGAGUUGCCAUACCUCAGUGUCCUCCUUGGAGAGAACCCUGGACGUUUUCUAAUGAUCAAGCCACAAGUUACCACCAAUGGUUUCGGAUUUAUGUUUCAAAAGGGUGACGAGUUGGUGCACAAUGUGUCCAAAGAAAUAUCGGAGCUAAGGACAAAAGGGAGGCUUAACGAGAUGGCGAAAAGAUGGUUUGAGAAUCGUUUUCCAUAUACAAUAGAUGAUACACCAGACCCUAUAGACCUAUACAGAUUUCGAGGUUUGUUUAUGAUCACGGGGGGUUCUUCAGCUCUUGCUCUUGCAGUAAUUCUCAUUAUCUGGCUCCGGGACACAUGGGAAGAUCUUAUGAAUUCGAUCAACAUAUUUCUUGCGGGAGGAUUUAUACAUUUCAAGAUCCUCUUUGCAAGAACUAACCAUUUUGCAAGAACUGUCCCUCCCAGCCCCGUCGAUGAGCCCAUUGGCGAGAAUGCAGUGCAAAUGGCUCAACGUAACAUACAAUAG